AUGGCGUCCCAAGGCCCAUUGUACAUUGGUUUCGACCUCUCCACCCAACAACUCAAAGGUCUAGUAGUCAAUUCCGACCUGAAAGUCGAAUACAUUGCGAAAUUCGACUUCGACGCCGACUCGCACGGUUUCCCCAUCAAAAAGGGCGUUCUAAUCAACGAGGCCGAGCACGAGGUAGUCGCACCCGUUGCGCUGUGGCUGCAGGCGCUGGAUGGGGUGUUGAGCGAGUUGAAAAAGCAGGGUUUGGACUUUACCCGUGUCAAGGGCGUUAGUGGUGCGGGACAGCAGCAUGGCAGUGUGUAUUGGGGCGAGAAUGCGGAGAGGUUGCUCAAGGGGCUGGAUUCGAAGAAGACGCUCGAAGAGCAGCUGAGUGAGGCUUUCUCGCACCCGUAUAGCCCUAAUUGGCAGGAUUCGAGUACGCAGAAGGAGUGUGAUGAGUUUGAUGCGGUGUUGGGGAGUAAGGAAGAAUUGGCGACCGUGACGGGGAGUAAGGCUCAUCAUAGAUUCACUGGUCCGCAGAUUCUUCGGUUCCAGAGAAAAUACCCCGAUGUAUACGGAAAGACUGCGAGGAUCUCGCUGGUCUCGUCUUUCCUGGCGUCCUUGCUUCUGGGCCGCAUUGCUCCGUUUGAUAUUUCCGAUGUGUGCGGAAUGAACUUGUGGAAUAUCAAGAAGGGUGCUUAUGACGAUCGGAUCCUUGAGCUGUUUGCUGGCUCCUUUGGUGUCGCAGACCUCAAGCGCAAGCUGGGUGAUGUCCCUGAGGACGGAGGCCUUCAUCUGGGCAUGAUUGACCAGUACUAUGUCGACCGUUAUGGCUUCAGCCCCGACUGUACCGUAAUUCCAUCGACCGGAGACAACCCAGCAACUAUUCUUGCUCUGCCAUUGAGACCAUCUGAUGCGAUGGUUUCGCUGGGAACUUCGACUACUUUCCUCAUGUCGACCCCCAGCUACAAGCCAGACCCAGCCACCCAUUUCUUCAACCACCCUACCACUCCCGGCCUGUACAUGUUCAUGCUAUGCUACAAGAACGGUGGCCUGGCUCGUGAGCAAGUCCGCGAUGCCAUUGAUCAGAAAUUGGGCAAAGACUCAUCUGCUGCCCAAUGGGCAAACUUUGACCAGGUAACUCUCCAGACACCAGCCAUGGGCCAGAAGAACGCUUCAGACCCUAUGAAACUGGGUCUUUUCUUCCCCAAACCUGAGAUUGUCCCGAACCUGCGCGCAGGACAAUGGCGUUUCAACUAUGACCCGACCGAGAAGCGUCUGACAGAAACCGAUGACGGAUGGGAUCACCCUCUGGACGAAGCUCGUGCUAUCGUCGAGAGCCAGAUGCUGUCCCUCCGUUUGCGGUCACGAGGCCUGACCCAGAGCCCAGGCAAUGGCCUUCCUGCCCAACCACGCCGAGUGUAUCUUGUCGGUGGAGGCUCCAAGAACAAGGCUAUUGCUGAGGUUGCUGGGGAGAUCCUAGGCGGCGUGGAAGGUGUAUAUAAGCUAGAUGUUGGAGAUAACGCCUGUGCGUUGGGAGCGGCGUACAAGGCCGUGUGGGGAUUGGAAAGAACUCCUGGACAGACAUUUGAGGACCUGAUUGGCCAGAGAUGGAGAGAAGAGGAGUUUAUCGAGAAGAUUGCCGAUGGAUACCAGAAGGGAGUGUUUGAAAAGUAUGGGCAGGCUGUAGAGGGAUUCGAAAAAGUGGAGGAGGAAGUCCUGAAGCAGGAAGCCAAAAAGAAGCAGACUCAGUAG